AUGAAACUCUCCGUCUCGUGCCUGGUCGGCAUGGGCGCCGCAGUCUACGGACUGGAUGCCCCGUUUCAGAAAUACCCCGACUGCACGAGCGGGCCCCUGGCCGAGAACAAGGUCUGCGACCGCUCGCUGCCGCCGGCAGAGCGCGCAGCCGCCCUGGUAGCUGCUCUCACCAACGAGGAGAAGCUGCAGAACCUGGUCAGCAAGUCAAAAGGGGCAUCCCGCCUGGGCCUGCCGGCCUACAACUGGUGGAGUGAAGCCCUCCAUGGCGUGGCCUACGCGCCGGGCACGCAAUUCCGCGAUGGCCCCGGCGACUUCAACUCGUCGACGUCGUUCCCGAUGCCGCUGCUGAUGGCGGCGGCGUUCGACGACCAGCUGAUCGAGGACAUCGGCACCGUCAUCGGCAUCGAGGGCCGCGCCUUCGGCAACGCCGGCUGGUCGGGCAUGGACUACUGGACCCCCAACGUCAACCCCUUCCGGGACCCCCGCUGGGGCCGCGGCUCCGAGACCCCCGGCGAGGACAUCCUACGCGUGAAGCGCUACGCGGCCUCCAUGGUGCGCGGCCUCGAGGGCCCCGGCCCGGAGCGGCGCAUCGUCGCCACCUGCAAGCACUACGCGGCCAACGAUUUCGAGGACUGGAAGGGCGCCACCCGCCACAACUUCAACGCCGAGGUGUCCGCGCAGGACCUGGCCGAGUACUACCUCUCCCCCUUCCAGCACACUGGGAACUGGACCGAGCACGACAACUACGUGACCAGCGACUGGCGAGGACCGUGCUGGGACGUGUCGGCCAAACACCCCUUACGCCAAGACCACGUCGAGGGGACCGCACUGUGCUUCGAGGACCCGGCAUGGACACCAGCUGCGAGUACGAGGGCUCCUCCGACAUCCACGGGCGCCUCCUCCCAGGGCCUGCUCUCGUGGGACACGGUCGACCGCGCCCUGCGCCGCCUGUACCAGGGCAUCAUCCGCGUCGGCUACUUCGACGGCGACCAGUCCCCCCACGCCAAGCUGGGCUGGAGCGACGUCAACCAGCCCGAGGCCCAGCGCCUGGCCCUGCAGGUCGCCGCCGAGGGCAUCGUGCUGCUCAAGAACGACGGCACCCUCCCGAUCCCCGCCAAGAAGCCCAACGUCGCCAUGAUCGGCUUCUGGGCCGACGCCGGCGACAAGCUGUCGGGCGGCUCGGCCAAGGACACGUGGACCGAGGGCGCGCUCGCGGCCGCCCAGGACGCCGACUACAUCCUGUACUUUGGCGGCCUGGACACGUCGGCGGCGGGCGAGACCAAGGACCGCAUGACCAUCGACUGGCCCGCGGCGCAGCUGGCGCUGCUCGAGAAGCUGGGGGCGCUGAAGAAGCCGCUGGUGGUGGUGCAGAUGGGCGACCAGAUCGACGACACGCCGCUGCUGGAGAUGGACGCGGUGAACUCGAUCCUGUGGGCCAACUGGCCGGGCCAGGACGGCGGCACGGCGGUGCUGCAGCUGCUCAGCGGCGCGAAGAGCCCCGCCGGCCGCCUGCCGCUCACCCAGUACCCGGCCAACUACACCGAGGCGGUGCCCAUGACCGACAUGACGCUGCGCCCGUCGGCCACCAACCCGGGCCGCACCUCACCGCUGGUACUCGACCCCCGUCAAGCCCUUCGGCUUCGGGCUGCACUACACCACCUUCAAGGCCGAGUUUGGCGCCCACCCGCUCCUGGCCGGCCCCAGCGGCGGUGGUGGUAA